AUGGCGAACAUCCCCACCUCAACGUCCGUCCGCGAGUCGGCCGUCAUCGAAGCGCAUCCCAGCGACGUCUGGCAUGCCAUCAAGCUCCAAGACUUCGCCAAGUGGUGGACGCGGCUCGAGAAGAGCGAGUGGGAGAAGGGCCAGUCUCCCGAGACGGACAUUGUCAGGUGGACCUUCAAGGAUGGCACAGUGUUGGAUGUGAAGCAGGAGGAGCAUUCGACCAUCGAUCACUACAUCACCUACUCCGUCAUUGCCUGCCAGCCCCCUCUGAGCUACACGUCGGUUGUCAGCACGAUCCGUGUCUACCCUGUCACGACGGGCAAGCACGAGAACCACACCUUCAUCACCUGGUCUGGCAACUACUCCAGUGAUGCGGACGCCGGUGUCAUCGAGGAUGCAAAGUUCAAGCGCCGCGAGGCAUUGGCGGAUCUCGAGAAGGCACUUACUAAGAAAUAG